AUGGCAAACGUCCCGCACACCUACGGCAACGAAGUCUACGCCAACGGCCUCCAGAACAUCAAACCGGCCAUCAGCUUCAACCCGCCCGACUGGGAAACCCAGGCCCGAGACCUCCUCUCCGCCGACAGCUACAACUACAUCUGGGGCUCCGCCGGCCUCCGCAAAACCGACACCGACAACCGCGAUGCCUUCCGCAAAUGGGCCCUCAUCCCGUCACGCCUCGUCUGCGCCGACUUCCCCUCCCUGAAAACCACCGUGCUCGGCCAUGAAUACGACUACCCCAUCGCCGUCGCGCCCAUCGGCGUCCAGCGCAUUUUCCACCGCGACGGGGAGGUCGCGGCCGCGCAGGCUGCAAGCGCGCAGCGAGUCCCGUAUAUUCUGAGCACGGCCUCGUCGACGAGCAUCGAGGAUGUCGCGGCGGCGAGCGGCGACGGGGCGCGCUGGUACCAGCUCUACUGGCCGCCGCGCGAGCACGAUGAGAUUACGGUGAGUUUGCUUCAGAGGGCCAAGUGCGCGGGGUAUAGAGUGUUAGUCGUCACGCUCGACACGUACAUCCUGGGCUGGCGGCCGUCGGAUCUGAAUAACGGAUAUAACCCGUUUCUGCGGGCAGACAAGAUCGGCGUCGAGCUAGGGUUUUCGGAUCCGGUGUUCCGAAGGCGGUUUCGGGAGAGGCAUGGGGUGGAGGUCGAGGAGGAUAUGGUUGUCGCAGCGGCGGAGUGGGCGCAGAUGAUCUUCCCUGGGCGGAGCCACGCGUUGGAGGAGAUUGGGUUCUUGCAGGCGCAUUGGGACGGGCCGAUAGUGUUGAAGGGGAUCCAGAGCGUGGCGGAUGCGCGGCGGGCGGUGGAGGUCGGGGUUCAGGGGAUUGUGGUGUCGAAUCAUGGGGGCCGGCAGCAGGAUGGGGCCAUCAGGUCGCUUGAUGUGCUGCCGGAGAUUGUGGAUGCGGUGGGAGACCGGUUGGAGGUGCUGUUUGAUUCGGGGGCGCUGGCGCUCGGGGCGAAGAUGGUGCUGAUCGGGCGGCCGUAUGCGUAUGGACUGCCUAUUGCGGGCGAGGCGGGUGUCUCGCAUGUCCUGCGAAGUAUCCUUGCGGAUCUGGAUCUCACUCUGCACCUUGGGGGGAUCAAGUCGGUGUCUCCUGAACAUCUCAAUAGAUCAGUCCUGCGCCGAGUGAGGUAG